AUUGCAGAGAUUUCUUUUCAAAGCCGAAAGAUCGACUCCGCGGAGCAUUUAUUUUUCCGACCUCGUUCUUACGCGAUUACUUAAAUACCUACCUACUUCUUAUAAUAUCCUUUCCGCGCAAGAAUUAGCAGAAAUAAAAUGAUGUUCGCCAGUAUAAGAGAAACGCUCUCCAAGCUUGUGCAGUCUCCUUUCGGCAUAGUCAGAGCCGAAGAAGAACUGGUUGAUCCAGCCAAGGUUUUGAGGGCUAAGUGCGAAGAACAAAAAGAAGCGCAAGAACGGUUUGCCAAGCUGCAACAGUGUAACACACGGGUAAAUUCUAAAAAAGCAACUGCCGAAACCUGCGUUGAAGAAUUAUGGGAUUUUCUAGAAGUCGUUGAUAAAUGUGUUGCAAAAGACCUGUUUGAUCAUCUCAAGUGAAUAAUGUAUGAAUAUGGUGUUGCAGUUUGACAGCCAUUUAGCCUUAGGUAUUUUAUGUGUGGUAUAAUCCAUUCUGUAAACAAAAAUAUGAUACUACCAUUAUUUAUUGUUUUUUCGAUUUUCCAAUAAAAUUUGAGUUGAUUCAAACUA